CAAACAUGUGUUGCCGGCGGGGAGUAAGGUAUUUACAUCUCCCAUCUACACAGACAGACACUAAUUUUCUGUAACAAUAAUAACUUAAGUUUCCAUAGAAACUGUCCGAAGGCAAAUCGCGGCUCAGUACAGUGGGAAGAGAAAGUUUGAGAGUUUUGCCAAGAAAUCGUAAACAAAAUGUCGGAGGGGCAGAUUGUUCCAAUAGCCUUACGGAGGUUUGAUACAAGCCAGCCAUGGGGUUUCAAGCUCCAGGGAGGGUCCGAUGUAGGAUGUCCGAUUCAUGUCGCCCAGAUUCAACCCAAGAGCAUCUCGGGAAAGAGCGGACUUCAGAACGGCGACUUAAUCCUGAGGAUCGGAGAGACGGACAUGCAGAACGCCACGCAUGAACAGGCCCGGAACGAGAUGAUCCGCUCCGGAAACGACGUGGACCUAGUUGUUCAGAGGGGAGGAGUAGCGGUAAAAUCGACGCCAGCACCACCAGAGCCUGAGGAAGACCGAGAGAAGUUUCAGGAGGUCACCCCUAAAACUUACCAAGUCUUACAGAAGGAGCUACCUCAGGCCGAAGCCACAGGGGCACGCCCAGCCUCCAUAUUCGACAGAAGGAAACAGGACCGGACAGCCUACACAAAGGCGGAUAAAUCCGGAUACACCAAGGCAUAUGGACAGCAGUAGUGUUACUGUAUUAUAAAUCCUGUGUAGUUUAAUUUCUUUGUAAGAAUACUUUACAGCUGGUGUUUCCACUUUUUCGUGUGCUGAAUUUUUUAAAUGUCAAUGAUCACUACAAUUCUGUGACACAAUAUUUAUUCUUUUAUAAACAACAUGAUUGUAUUGCACGUGUACCAUAUAAGGUACUUGGGAGUAAAAUACAUACCAACAGAGUAAGGUGAUUAUUAAAGCAAAAAUUAUUUAGUUUUCAUUUCUAUUUUUGUAAUGUGAUGUUUGCUUUUGUUAUAUUUAUUUGUAUUAAUUGUGAAUAGAAUAAAUUUGAAAACAGUCA